AUGUCUAGAACCGGCUCGAAUCCCGCCCGCCAGCAACUGGUAGCAGAGACCCUUCGCAAUGCGGCUACAAGCCAGAAAAAACAUCGAUUGCCGGCGUUCCUGGAUCAUUUCAAUGGGCGCGAUCUCAAGAUCUUUUUUCGCUGUUGGGUCGGUGCCUGGGUGGCCUGUCUUCUGAUCUUCAUCAGUCCUUCUCUUCGUAACAUUGGCACUGCGACAUUCUUCGCAUGUCUGGUUCAGUUGAUGCUUCCUCCAUCGGGCAUCGUCUUGAUUUAUCUUCUGGGGGCCCUCUCUCUCUUCUUUGGUAUCUGUCUUGCUUGGGCAUGGGGCCUGAUCGUAAUGAAGGCUGCCAUGGCAGCCAGACCGGCUGCCGACAGACAGGCACGGCUACAGUCCCUGCAACAGCUAGCAGUCGCGCAAGCCAAUGCAACAGGAAUCGCACCCGGUGUAGCUGCGCAGCGUUUAGUCUACGAUGGACACAUGCUAGAUGCGCGCGUGUCGGCAGUGACAUUCUGCAUGGUUUGUGUAUUCAUUUAUCUUAUGGCCCGCUUGCGAGCAAGUAACCCAAAGAUGGCAUUUACUCAAAUCUUCAGCACGAUCAUAUCCGAUCUCUUUCUCAAUUACGUGCCGCUACUGCCGUCAUUUUCGGGGACAAUGCCAUUGGCGCUCGUAAAGCCCGCUGGCAUUGGGGUCGGCCUUGGACUGGCAUCCUCGAUCCUCUUCUUUCCGCGGUCUACUUCGCACGUAGUCCUGGACAGCAUGGAGGAUAUCGUAGAGCUUCUCAAAAUGCCCCUCGCCCUCACGUCUCUUGCUCUAGACAAAGAUGGGGAGGAGCUAGAUAUCAAGCAGCUGCAAAAGACCCGGUCCAGAAUUAUUGGACUAUAUCAGAAAAUGGAACCGGCGCUUGCCUUCCUACCGUUGGACUUUUCAGUGGGCUGCUGGGGAGCUCGGGAUGUGGAGACUUUCAAGGAGCCGAUGCGACAGGCCAUGGCGUCGAUCCUGUCGCUGUUAGAGCUCCACAUGAACCGGAUAUACGGAGAUGUCCGAUCGGCGGAUGCCUUGAAACGGCACGAAGAGCGCAAGUCGAUGCAGAACGAAGACGAAAAACGUCCCCACCACAUUGGAGACCACCAGCUAUCGCAGCUGGGGGGAAUGCUGGAUGGAUUCCGCUACCCAGACAGCCAGCCCCUCCACGAUGAGAUGGUCAAAGAGCUUCUAGGAACGGGCACAGAGGCAAUAGCUGCCUGUAUAGAGGGCUUGGAUGUCGUCAAGUCCUGUAUCCACCUGGUCAACUGCCGCCGUUGGUUCUGGCGCCCCUCCGCGGCAGAACGGGAAGAACUGUACCAACGCAGCCAGGCUGCAUUGGAGUCUCUGCGCGAGACCCACGUCUCCUUCGUCCAUGACACGACCGAGUUCCUCCACGCAGAGUAUGGCCCUUUUCUCGACGACAUCAGCGCAAUGCCUCCCAAAGACAAGAUCGGCCGAUUCCGAGGCCUCAUGGUCGGCAUGGCCUUCGAGGACCAAAUGUCCAAGGUUCUAGAGAGAACGGAAGCGCUCCUCACCCAGGUAUCCAAAGUUUUCCACGACUCGCCUCACACCCGACUGUGGUUCCCGACCGGUCUCCAACAUGCCUUUUCAUGGGCCACAGGGAAAGGAGACAAAGCGCCAGCCAUGGAGCAGACCACAGACAACGACCCCGACGAUGUGAGCGAUCUAACCAAAGCCGCGCAAGAAAAGCUCCGCAUAAGCCGCAAAUACCGCGGUAAACAGCGCAGCUGGCUCGGCCGUGCGAUUCUCGGAACCUACCACUGGUUCACGUCGAAUGACGGGCUGUACGCGAUGAGAGUGGUUGUGGUAACCAUCGCUCUUGCUAUUCCCGGCGUGCUGCCGCAUACAGCCGGCUUCUACUAUCGCGAAAAGGGCCUCUGGGCCCUGAUCAUGGCGCAGACAGGAAUGCUGGUCUACAUGGCGGACUUUACCUUCUCCGUGAUCUCGCGAGUCGUGGGGACCGUCGUCGGCGGCGCCCUCGGCUUGUUGGCCUGGUAUAUCGGCUCCGGAAUGGGACCUGGCAAUCCCUAUGGGCUGUCGGCCAUUGUCGGCGCGAUGCUUCUCAUCUUCAUGUGGGUUAGAUUGUACCUACCGCCCAAUCUACUACAAGGAGGUAUCAUGGGAGGCGCGACGUUCCUCCUAGUCGUAGCAUACAGCUACGACGACACGCACCUCCCCCAAUACGGCAGCCCGGGCCUAGGCUACACCGUCUUCUGGCGGCGUCUCCUCCUCGUCCUAAUCGGCGUAGCAGCAGCAACAAUCGUGCAAAUCAUCCCCCACCCGCCCUCCGCCUCCAAACACAUCCGCAAAUCUCUCUCCAACACAAUCCGCACAAUCUCAGACCACUACGCCCUCCUCCUCUCCAGCUGGUCCUCCCACCACUCCCAAACGCCCACAGAAGGCCAACUCCUCGCAGAGCCCAUCUCCCUCCAACUCGCCCAAUCCCUCGUCACCCUAGACAGCCCCAUCCAGCUCCUCCGCUUCGAGUUCUCCAGCUCCCGCUUCGACAGCGCCUCCCUCGACCGCGUCAAACGCCUCUGCCACAAUCUCAACCGGAACCUCGGCCGCCUGCUGCUGCUCUCAGGCUCCCUGCCGCCGGAACACCGCGAUCGGCUCGCCCGCCAGACGGGCCUGCUGGACCAUCGUGCGAUAGGCGAGGUUAUGGCCGUGCUGGGUGUUUGCGAGCAGGCGCUGCAGUCGGAGGAUGCGCCGCCGGAGAUUCUGCCUUCGCCGCUUGUGAAGCGCUCGUUUGAGUACUGGCGGUUGCAUCCCGAGGAGGUGGGUGCGUUGAGGGCGGAGCGUGUGCGCGAUGAGAAUGAGAGGAGGUAUUGUGUGGCGUUGAGUGCUUAUUUGAAGUUUUUGGGGACGGUUGAUGAGUUGGUGUUGGUUAUUAAGGAGGUUCUUGGUGAGGCGCACCUCGUGUCGAAGGAUUUGGUGGCGUUGGUUUAG